AUGUUGUAUGUGGAUGACAACAUCGUCGAUGGAAACCUGGGGUGGGUCAUCGCAGCUGGUAUAAGCAGGGUGAUACGAAGCGAUGACAACUCCCUGGUUUUGACGGAACACAUGCGGGGACGUUGUGCACAUGAGGGCAAAGAGUUUGAAAUAAGAGCUAUCAACAAAAAUUCUGGCAAUCUUUACGCCACAAAUUUCAACGGCCCCCCUCUUGUCAAGAUACCAUCUCUUGGACUGGUGGUUCAGUACGGAGCCGACGUGACCGUGACCGAGGCUCAAACUCAAACGAGAAUACGCGAGCAACUACAAGGACAGGUAUCUACUCCUGAGAUUUUUGGCUGGACUGAGGAUGAAGGACAGGUCUUUAUCUACAUGUCCUUGAUUGAGGGCGAGACUUUGCAAGAGAGAUGGAGUGGCAUGGAUGACGCUAAGAGACGGGCCGUCUGCGAACAACUUAAAUAUAUUGUGAAAACAUGGAGGGCCUUAACGCAGGACAAGCAAGACUGUUAUAUCGGCAGUUUCGGUAAGCAACCACUGAGUGAGGCAUUCCUCGAUUCCCACCCAGAACUCGCAGGUCCAUUUCAAGGUGUGAACGCCAUUCAACUGUUUCAAGAUGCUUGCGGAAUUGAGAUCGACAGCGAAGUGCCUAUCGUUUUCACUCAUAGCGAUUUUUUUCUACCCGACAUCCUUCUAUCGCUUGGGUCGAAUCCACAAGUAGCAGCGAUCAUUGACUGGGGUCAGGCUGGGUGGUAUCCUGCGUACUGGGAAUAUUGUAAGGCACGACGAGUGAGAGUGGAUCCAGAGUACUUUGGUGAUACUCUUCAUGAAGAAUGGCACAUGAAAUAUCUGCCAAUGAUCCUGGAUCCUAUGGAUGAUGAGAAAUACUACCACCCUUGGCUUUGGUUUGUGUUAUCUAAGGGCAUCUAA